AUGCACACGCAGUCGCCCAGCAACCACCCCAAGCCCGUCGUCCUCCAGCUCGCCAAGACCUACAACAUCCCCGAGUCCACCCUGCGGCGGCACAUCAAGACGCCCGGCCACCGAAGCACCGCCGAGGCAAACAGGCAGAAGCAGCUGUUCACACCCGAGGAGGAGCAAUCGCUUGUGGCGCGCGCGCUCCAGGGGCCAGGCGUGGACAGGAGUAAGUGCUAUGAGCUGGCGCAUGAGAUAUUGCACAAGAGGGAGCCGGGGAAGAAGGUGGGCAAGGACUGGUUUUACAGGUUCUUGAAGAGGCAUCCAGAGUGUGGGUAUAGUAGUGGGAGGGAUGGGGAUGCUGCGGCGGCAAGGAAGAGGGCAGGGAGGCCGAGGAAGAAGAAGGGGGAGGAUGUGACGGCCGUGGCAGCUGCUACUGCUGCUACUGCACCUCUCAUGGCGACAGCAGCGUCGGCUGAGAAGAUGCCGGAAUAA